AUGGCUGCUCCAAAGGCGCACGAGCCAUCGGAGUCAUCUAGGGCGAACAGACCUGCGUCGGCAGGAGAUGGAAAAGACUUGAAGUUUGGACAGCUCUGGAAUAACGCAGGCAAACCUCCGCCUCGACCUCAACCAAGUGAUCAGCCCGGAACGGUUCGGCGCCAAUCGCUGAUACACUUCCACACUGCGGAUGCAGAGGACAUUAUAAGAAGGGAGAGUGUCGCACAAGGCACACCUAGAAUGUCCUCCAAUGUGUCAAGAAGAUUAUCAUCACCUCCUCCUCCCUUAAACUAUCAACGUGGUGUCUCCUUCGACACUUUUGAAAACCGAGAUGCGUCGACGGAAUCCUUUACCCUGAAUUACAAACAUCGGGACUAUGUACACAACCGUCAGAGCCGAACGUUCCUCUGCGGGACCGAUGCAAAGGAUUACUCCGAGUAUGCGUUAGAAUGGAUGCUGGACGAGUUGGUAGACGACGGCGACAUGAUUGUUUGCCUGAGGGUGAUUGAUAAAGACGCACGACCCGGCGAAACGUCAUACGAUCAUGGCAAAUACAGGCUAGAGGCGCAAAAGCUACUGGACAGCGUUGUCAAGAAAAACAGUUCCGAAGAGAAGGCUAUCAGUAUCAUUAUGGAGUUGGCCGUUGGGAAGGUUCAAGAGAUCUUUCAGCGCAUGAUUGAGUUAUACGGCCCACAAGUACUAGUUGUUGGUACUCGAGGAAGAAACCUGGGAGGGAUGCAAGGGUUGCUCCCGGGUUCGGUGUCCAAGUAUUGCCUCCAGCACUCCCCUGUCCCCGUCAUUGUUGUUCGGCCCACUUCGAAGAGGAUGAAGAAGAAGCAAAAAAGGCAACUGGAAACGGGUCGAAGUGUCUACAGCAGUAUGCUUGAGCAUGUCCAGUCGGCUGGAGGUAAUAGUUUGUACUCUCAGACCAACAGCACUUCGAUAUCAACGGAAGCAACUCAAAAAGAGGCCGAUGCCGUUGCGAAGGCCAUCGGUCCACCUAAACGCGGCAUCCUGAAGGGCACAUAUGGUGGGCCUCUCACGCGAGUCACCUCAGCCAAAAGUGACAUAACUUCGGACGAGGACUCUCCCGAGAGAAGUUUUGCGCUGCCCAUAGGAUAUCUGAGCACGGAAAGUGCACCCCGAGCAGACUUGGCCAUGAAAAGCCCGAGCAUUGCUGCGCUUGCAGAAGACUGGGACGAAGAUAAACCGCCCAGAUCACCAAGACAUGGUGCAAAGAAAGAUCACCGAGACAGCGAUGCAGCUAUCUCUGAUGAAGAGGAUAUUCACCUGUUGGUGCCCAGGAUUGUCGAGGAACGACGGCCGUCUGUAAGAGAGACGACGCCGUGGUUGGCGGAUAUCCUGCGAGAUAAACCACAACGAAGGUCACCGAGCCAUGGCCGUUCGCCUUCCCGAUAA